UCCAUUGAUUCUUCACUCACUCCACUCACAACUGAAACCAAAACUGAAAAAAAAAACAAUACCAUAACAUGGCUUCUUCCACCAUCACCUCCUCCUUCCUAACAUCACCCCCUUCAUCUCUCUUCAACAAAUCAUCAUCCCCUUCCUUCCAUGCCACCCCUACUCUCCGCCCCCUCGCGCCACGCGCCUCCAUGUCCGCCUCAGCGCCGCCCUACGACUUCGGAUCGUUCCGGUUCGAUCCGAUUAGAGAGUCGAUUGUGUCGCGCGAGAUGACCCGCAGGUACAUGAUCGACAUGGUCACCCACGCCGACACCGACGUCGUCAUCGUUGGCGCGGGCUCCGCGGGUCUCUCGUGCGCCUACGAGCUCUCCAAAAAUCCCUCCAUCAACAUCGCCAUUGUUGAGCAGUCCGUCAGCCCCGGCGGCGGCGCCUGGCUCGGCGGCCAACUCUUCUCCGCCAUGGUAGUGCGUAAGCCCGCACACCUCUUCCUAGACGAGCUCAAUGUGGAGUAUGACGAACAAGACAACUAUGUGGUGAUCAAGCACGCAGCAUUGUUCACAUCCACCAUCAUGAGCAAGCUCUUGGCCAGGCCAAACGUGAAGCUCUUCAAUGCCGUGGCGGCGGAGGACUUGAUUGUGAAGAACGGGAGAGUUGGUGGGGUGGUGACCAACUGGGCCUUGGUUUCAUUGAACCAUGACACUCAAUCCUGCAUGGACCCCAAUGUGAUGGAGGCUAAGGUGGUGGUGAGUUCUUGUGGCCAUGAUGGACCCUUUGGAGCCACUGGGGUGAAGAGGCUCAAGAGCAUUGGGUUAAUUGAUAGUGUGCCUGGGAUGAAGGCACUUGACAUGAACAAGGCUGAGGAUGCCAUUGUGAGGCUCACUAGGGAGGUUGUGCCUGGCAUGAUUGUUACUGGGAUGGAAGUUGCUGAGAUUGAUGGUGCUCCAAGGAUGGGUCCAACAUUUGGAGCAAUGAUGAUUUCAGGGCAAAAAGCAGCCCAUCUGGCUUUGAGAUCAUUGGGACUUCCCAAUGCUUUGGAUUCAGUGGGAAACGUUCAUCCUGAGCUUGUCCUAGCUGCUGCUGAAUCCGCUGAAAUUGCUGAGGCUUAAUUAAUGUUGCAACAAAUUAGGUUAAAAUAGUAUCAAUGCUUGCAACUAGAAAUAAUAAUUGUAGACUUGUACUUAGGGAAUUAAGCUUUGAAGGUGUUAGUAGUGAUCUAUUGGGGUGGUUGAUGCGACUCUAUGAAGUUUGUUAAUACUAUAUGAAGCUUUGAGGGUGUUGCUAGUGAUCUAUUGUGUGUUACUUUCCUCGAAGCCUAAUUUAAUUGGGUCUUUUUUCUAUUAUAAAUGGAGAGGGUGGUGUACCAUCCAUACCUUCGUCUCAA